CUUAGUUCUGUUCAAGCUGACCCACUCUCAGAACAUAAUACACAGGUUCUAUGUAAGUUUUAUUUCUGUCAGGGAAUGAAUAUGAUGGGGUCUGUAGCCAAGAAAUCUGCUCUGAUAAUCUGCGGUGACUACAUGGAAGAUUUUGAAGUGGUGGUUCCUUUUCAAGUGCUGCAAGCCUUUGGAGUUCGCGUUGAUUGCGUCUCUCCCACCAAGCUACCUGGUGACAAAUGCAUCACUGCUAUCCAUGAUUUCUUAGGAUUUGAGCUUUACACAGAACUGCCAGGCCAUUCCUUUACACUGAAUUCAAACUUCGAUGAGGUGGAAGCCAGAUCCUAUGACGCCCUGAUUAUUCCUGGUGGCCGGUUCAUAGAGCGACUCAGUGUUGACGACAAGGUCUUGAGUAUUGUUAAAAGGUUUGCUGAAGCAGGAAAGCCUAUUGCGACAAGUUGUCAUAGCCAACUUCUUUUGGCCGCGGCUGGACUUUUGAAAGGCAAGAAAUGCACUGCAUUUGCAAGUAUGAAAUCUGUAAUUGAGCUGGCGGGCGGCGUUUGGUGGGAGCAACCAGGAAUUACUUCAGUUUUUGACAUUACUGCUUGUCUCAAAGAUGGAAAUAUCUUAAGUUCAAUAGGGUGGCCAGCGCAUGCUGAGUAUCUCAAAGUUCUGUUUAAAUCCAUGGGAGCCAAAAUUCAUACAGCUUGGUCUAAUUCAGUGCUUUUCAUUUGUGGGGACUAUGUAGAAGACUAUGAAAUAAACGUCCCAUUCCGUGCACUGCAAGCAUUAGGCUGCGAGGUUGAUGCAGUUACCCCAAGCAAGAAAAGGGGAGAAACCUGUGUCACAGCUAUCCACGAUGACGAGGGAGCCCAAGUCUUCAGCGAGAAGCGUGGUCAUAACUUCUUUAUUACGGCCAAUUGGGAUGAUAUCAGUGUUCAUCGCUAUGACUGCAUCGUACUGCCCGGUGGGAGGUCUCCGGAGUUGCUGGUAAUGAACGAGAAAGUAGUCAAUCUGGUGAAGGAGUUCGCUGAAAAAGACAAGGUCAUUGCUGGAAUUGGGCAAGGGCAAUGGCUUCUAGCUGCUGCUGGUAUUGUAAAGGGGAAGAGAUGUGCGACCAACUAUGGAAUGAAGGUUAUGGUGAAGAUGGCUGGAGGGGAUUUGGAAGAAUCUAAAGGGUGUGUGUCGGAUGGGAAGCUGUUGACUGCAGCCGGGUGGCCUGACCUUCCUGCCUUCAUAUCUGAACUUUCGAAACUUCUUGGUUUGUCUUUGAGUUUUGAGUGAG